AUGACUUUUCUUCAUUUCGAAAAGAAGAAUACCAUGAACAAAGAGAAAGAUACUGCAGAUUCGAAAUGUACAACCAUCUGUGGUAGCAGUACCAGAUGUAAUGACAAUUCGAUGAUUGUUCCGGUUUGGAUGACAUCAUCUUCUGAUCCCAACACUGAGAUGUUAGUCUAUUGUAUUCUAGACCCACAAAGCAACACAAGCUUCAUAAGUGAUGAUGCAGCAGCAAACUUGAAUUUGAAAGGACAAGCAACAAAGAUGAAACUUUCAACCAUGCAUGGAGCGACUGAGAUAGAUUGCAAACGAUUUGUAGAUUUACGCAUAGCCAGUUUCGACAGAAAAACAGAAAUAAAGAUACCUGUUCUAUCUAGCAGGAAAUGCAGAACGGCAAGAAGAUCUCAGAUCCCUACUCCAAUGACGGCACUUCAGGGGCCACACCUUACCAAGAUAUCAUCUCAAAUUCCUGCUCUGCAGAAGGGUGCUCCCGUAGCUAUUCUCGUUGGGAAUGAUGUACCAAGAGCAGUGCAACCCAGAGAUGUCAUAGCAGGAGGUGAAGAUGAGCCAUAUGCUCAACAAACAUCACUAGGAUGGGGCAUUAUUGGAACAGUUUGUAAAAAUAAGGAUGUUGAAAAUUCCACAAGCUUCUAUACUGCCUCAAGUGCGAAGGAAACUAUAGGUACCAUUCAAUCAAUGUUUCACCUAGAUUUUGCAGAGUAUAAUAGUGACGCUCAAGGAACAUCUGUGGAAGAUCAACAAUUCAUUAAGAUCUUUUCAGACUGUAAUCAGCAACGGACACUAUGAGAUGCCACUCCCCUUGCGUAACAACGUAAAGACCCUUCCUAACAACAGAUGCCUCGCAGAAAAAAGACUACAGUCCGUAAAGAAGAAAUUUGAUAAAAACAAAGAUUACAAGAAAGACUACAUUGACUUUAUGGAAGGAAUGUUGAAGGAGUAUGCGGAACCCGUACCAGGCAAUGAAAUUGAUCUCCGUCAUGGUAUGAUCAAAUA